AAAACGAAGUAUAGAAACGUUAGUAAAUGUAAUUAAUUAAUUAUUAAGUUGAUCUAUUCGUAAAUGUGACUGACCUGUUUUUUCAAUCACAAAUUAAAGUGGUAGCCAGAACUUGCGGCGGCAGUCCGGGAAUGAUAGUAUAAGUAUUGGUGUACACUGUUAUCAAACAACCAUUGUUUUAACCUUCGAUUGAAGUUUUAUUGCUUCGUUAGCUGACAAAUUGUGUUAGUCGAAUGUUAGUAUAACAAGCGCUGGACACAGCAAUCGAUUGGUCUUGCACCGCGGAAGCGGUUAUGCUAUUUUUUUACAGUAACAGCUCAUUUUACUUUCAAGUUUAGGGUGGGUAGUUAAUCAAAGAGGUCGCGCGCCGAUAACAUGUUUUAUAUAUGGCUCGGUUACGUGUAGGUCAAGUUAAUUAAUUGUUAGAAAACAUUUUGUGUGUCAGGAAACAUGUUUUUAAAUUAUUACCGUGUAGAUAUUUUAUCCACUAAUAAACUACCUACUAAAUGUUAGCUUAUAGUCUAUAUCUAAUAAAAAUAAACAAAUAUGAAUACUUGCUUUCUAAAAGUAAAUUCAAAAGUAACUUCAUGAUCCAUUUUUGUACUGUAAUAAUGUCACUGUCACAUGUACUUACGAAGUGAGUACAAUAAAUGAUGCUAUCGAAGGGUGACAUUUAGUUGUAAGUAAUGUUUAUAAGAAAUAUUAUGUUUAUUGGCAAACAAAAUUCCGUCGGAUAUGGAUAACAUCCUGCCGACCUUAUAUACAGUAAGAAUUAAGUAUGGCUAAAUAAUGUUAUUGUUUGUAAUUAGUAAUGAGUUAAAUACAAACAAUCCCAGUUCUAUCACGUUCGAUAUUUCUUCACUAUGCGUUCUUCAAUUGCACGAUCGUCCUUUUCAAUUGUAAACAUCUUAAUCUCAGUUUUCAACAAAAUUGUUUCCUAAAAAUAAUGAAAUAUCAACAAUUAAUAAAAAUAAGAUAAGCUCUAUAAAUAUCAACUAGUCUAUAUCGUUGACUUACACUUUUCUUUAGUCCUUUCGCCUAAGAUAGUAUUCACAAGUGAAUCGUGUUUUUACGCAUAUCGCGUCGACAACGCGUUUGACAUCAGUCGCACGCUGCUGUUUGUCCUGCUCGCUAGGUCGCAAAAAGUGUAAAGUUUCAUUGAAGAUUUGCCGCAUAAGAGAUAUGAAUGAGGACCACUUCGUUUUCUAUCGAGGUCCUGGCCCUUCUGUUCCUGACACUGAUCCCGUGGCCAGGGCCGUCAGUCUUCAAGAUCACUUGUUCUCGUGACAACUCCAAAAUUGUGCGAAAAGUUAUACAAAACAAAUGGCUUCCUGUUUUAGAAAGAUUUCAGGUGAAGCUACCACUAGAGUGUCCUUUUCACCCCGCUCGCGACAUUUUCGCCCCACAGCACGCGGCAAAAUUACAACAUCGGCCUUCGCAAUGGACAUGCGCCUUUUGCGGCAAAUCUUUUUACGAAGAGCGAUUCUUAGAUAUGCAUUUCGAUCAGAGACACAAGAACCAGAUUAAUAAGGCUGAAGACGCAGUAUGCCUGGCGGACUACUGCGACAUAAUGCGUUGUCAGGUGCUCAUCGCUCACGGACUAUUGAGUGGCGGCGGCGGACCUGGCACUGACAUCGAGGUGUGGCAGGAUGUUGAGACGGUGAAGAAGGCGCUGGCUCCAGCGGCAGCGCGUAGCGUGGCGCGAGUGCCGACGCGACGCAGGCACAGGUCGCGCGGCAGCUCCGCGCCGGCGCCUGUCCCCGACUGCCCCAAGACUGAAGUCGAGAAUGAUGAAACUGAUUCCGAAGAUAAGCCGGCAGAAGAUAGUGAGAGUGACGCAAACCAAACAGCGGAGCUGUGUGACGCCGACACGGUAGAGUCGUCGCUGCCCCCGGACAGUCGACAACGGCGCCUGGCCGACCUGCAGGCGGAGAGGGCUGCCUGCGACCCCACACAUCUUCAGACGCUUAAAGUACGGUGUGAGAGGAUCGUGCAUUCUUGUAUAGCAACACUUCUGUUACAUCUUACACAACACCAAUUCACGGAAUUAGAAGAAGAGAUGCAGCGCGCGGUGUGCUGGUACCUGAGCUGCGACCGGUACUGGGAGGACACGGCGCCGAGCGCGCGCGCGUUCCCCUGGCCGCUGCUGCUCGCGCUCGCUACCGGCCUCGCGCUCGCGCUCUGUAUGUGCUACUACAUUAUAUGGAUUGUUUUCGAUUCGGAAGAAGGCAGCGUGGCGGGCAGCGCGUCGGUAUCCAUGACGACGCACUCGUCGCCCGCGCGCGGCGACCGGCUCGCCGCCGAGGAGGCGAUGCUGGACGACCCGGACCACGACGACCACUACAUAUACGUCACGUACCCGCCGGAGCUCAAGCGCAGGCUCUUGGAGAGCUGCUACAAUAGAACGACUCGUCUUUGAGAUACGUGUCCAUCCCAAUUCGCCGUGCAUGCGUACUUCGAUGCAAGUAGAUUUUUUUAUUUAGAUUUAGCAAUACAAAGACAGUCUGAUGUAGCCAAAUGUCAACGAAAUACUGUUUUACGUGAAGUGUGACUAUCUCACGUAAUAUGUAAGGCGCCUGUCGUGGCUCAUACGAUCUGCAGAAAUAUAUUUUGUGUAUAAUGUAUCGUAAGAUUAAUAUUAGCGAUGCAAUGACUGUCGCGAGUUUUGUCGUAGGAUUUGGAAGCGAUCUUUCAAUAUUAUUGCAUGAACAAAUGCACACGGUAAAUACGUGUCAAUAUUAUGAUUUUGCUUACUAUAUUCGCUUUAGAAUGAAGUGUUUUUAAUGGUACGUUAAUGAACAUGUUAUAUAUCAACAGUUUCAAAAUGUUUUAAGAAGACUGCUCGUGUAAUCAUUGCAUUGCUAGUAAACGCACCUAAGUACAUUUUAUGUAUUUAUACAGGUUCUGUUUGAAAUAUUUAUAUUAUACACUCAUCCCAUCGUACUAUUUGUGGACGUAAAUUCUUAUUUAAUUGAUAUUUCGUAUUCAUUCGAUGUAGAAAUUCUGAAAUCUCAUCAAUGAUAUUGUUUUCAAUAAUAUUUUACGGGGUAGGUAAAUUUUAUUAUGAUUAGUAAUAGUUUGCUUAUAAACAAUUGGUGCCUAAUUUUAACUCCCUAUAGCCUAUACAUAUAAAGUGGAUAUUCCUUUGUAGUUACAUAUUUGUAUAUAAAUUGAACUACCCAUAGUAUA